UUUCCUGCAGUGGCAUCCUGGUGAGCAGGAGACCCCAGCUAUGGCUCCGCAGAUCUGUGGAGUUUUCAUCUGCUGUACUGUUUAGGCAUGCGCCGAGGAGAGGAGCACGGGCAAGAACUUCAGGGGCUGGUGACCUUUGAAGAUGUGGCUGUCUAUUUCACCCAGGAGCAGUGGGCUCUGUUGGACCCUGACCAGAGAACCUUGUACAGGGAAGUCAUGCUGGAAAAUUAUGAGAAUGUGACUACACCGGGACUUCCAGUUCUUAAACCUGAUCUUGUUUCCCAUCUGGAACGAGGGCAGGAGCCUUGGGUGCCAGAUUCUCAGAUCUUGAAUGGACGAAAAAUCUCUGAUGCCACCUCAGAUAACCUUAGAAAAAAGCACUUAUGUACUGUGUGUGGGAAACACUUUACUCAGAAACCUAACCUGAACCGACACCUGAGAAUCCACACAGGGGAAAAACCUUAUAAAUGCUCGGAAUGUGGCAAGUGUUUUGGAUGUCAGUCUCAUCUUGUGAGUCACCAGAUUGUCCACACUGGGGAAAAACCCUACAAAUGCCUGGUGUGUGAUAAAUACUUUGCUCGCAAAGCACACCUUGCCAGACACCAAGGAAUCUAUGCUGGAGAGACGCCAUAUAAAUGCUCAGUCUGUGGGAAGUGUUUUGCUUGCCAGUCUCAGCUGGUGAUCCACCAGAGAUACCACACAGGAGAGAAGCCUUAUAAAUGCAGUGACUGUGGGAAAUGUUUUGCUGACCCUUCAGCCCUUGUGAGCCACAAGAGAAUCCAUGUAGAAGACAGAUCCCAUAAAUGCACUGAGUGUGGAAAGAGCUUUGUUCAACUGUCUCACCUCGUGAAACACCAGCGGGUACAUACGGGUGAGAAACCAUAUAAAUGCACUGAGUGUGGGAAAUGUUUUGCAGACCGUUCAGUCUUUGCAAAGCAUCAGAGAGUCCACACUGGUGAGAGGCCUUACAAAUGCUUGGAGUGCGGAAAAUCCUUUGCCCGUCAAGAGCACCUUGGAAGUCACCAGAGAGUCCACACAGGGGAGAAACCUUAUAAAUGUUUAGAGUGUGGGAAAUGUUUUGCCCGCCAGUCACAUGUCAUAAGCCACCAGAGGGUCCACACGGGAGAGAAACCUUGCAAGUGCUUGGAGUGUGGCAAAUGUUUUUCAGAGCGCUCAACAUUUGUGAGGCACCAGAGGAUCCAUACAGGAGAGAAACCGUAUCGGUGUUUGGAAUGUGAAAAAUGUUUUGCUUCUCCUUCACACCUUGCAAGGCAUCACAGACGACACACAGGAGAGAAACCUCACCGUUGCUUGGAGUGCGGGAAAGGGUUUGCUGAUCGCUCUGCCUUUGUGAAGCACCAAAGAGUUCACACAGGAGAGAAACCCUAUAAAUGCACAGAAUGUGGGCGAUGCUUUGCCAACCGGACACACUUGGUAACCCACCAGAGAGUCCACACAGGAGAGAAACCUUAUGGCUGCUUGGAGUGUGGGAAAAAGUUCAGCUCAAAUAGAAGCUUAAUUCAGCAUCAACGACAACAUAUAACCUAUCCUCUGGCCCAGUAUAUGCAAAACAUGUUACUUAGACAUCAAGCCCUGCGUGACGCCGGAGGGACUGGGCAGGAAAAGAAGCUCUAUGAAUGGCUUUCGUCUGGGAAAUGGCUGAAUCUCCAAAGAAGCCUUGUUCGUAAUGAAGAUAUCCACAAGGAAGGGACACCUUUAGCAAUGCCUUGAUCAUUCCCGUGAGGUCAUUCAUCAAAAGCCUUGGCUUGCGCUGAUAUUCCAAGGGGCGGCGUGGUUGGCAUUAUUUCCACAGACUGGCUUGCAGGUGGUCAGAAUGGAGGGCACUGAAGCCAAACUGAACUUUUAGCAAAUUUUAAAGGUGGUUGCAAUUCCCAGCAUAGGGAUUCUUGACUUAAAACCUGGGCACAAAACUGAAGGCUUUUUGUGUGUUUUCGAAAAAAGCCGGCUGUCAGAUUUGUAAGGGUCUCGAAAAUUCCGUAAGUUAUCAACUUAAAUAGUGAAAUGCCACUUACCGUUGCAUGUCAGCUACUGUAGUUACUACAUAGAGGUGCGUGAUGGAUACCAAAUACUGUACAUACCGGUGAUGGCGAACCUUUUCGAGACCGAGUGCCCAAAUUGCAACCCCAAACCCGCUUGUUUAUCGCAAAGUGCCAACACGGCCAUUUAACCUGAGUGCUGAGGUCUUCGUUUAGAAAAAA